AUGAUAAAUAGAUUUUUAGAGAAAAAAAUGGAUAAAUAUAGGAAAAAACCACCAACCAGAGCCGAUUUACCCAACUUAAUGGAGCAUGUGCCCGACGAACAUCAGGAAUAUGUCAAAGAAACAUGUAUGAAAAUGAUGCAGCAUCAGGCCUAUGGACAACCCUAUGAAUGGUCUACACGUGAUUUUGAAAUGGGUGCUCCCUUGGGUAGAGGCAAAUUUGGUAGAGUGUAUUUGGCUCGCGAACGUACCAGCCAUUAUAUGGUGGCCAUGAAGGUGCUAUUUAAAGCCGAAUUACAAAAGGGCAAUGUACAACGCCAAGUAUUAAAAGAAAUUGAGAUACAAUCACGUCUCAAACAUCCGCAUAUUUUACGAUUACUGACGUGGUUUCAUGACAACGAUCGUAUUUACUUGGCUUUGGAAUUGGCGUCACAAGGUGAACUUUUUAAAAUUCUACGACGUGCCCCACAUCGGCGCUUCGAUGAACCGAGAGCAGCUAAAUAUACUUAUCAAGUUGCGGAUGCUUUGCACUAUUGUCAUUUGAAUAAUGUUAUACAUCGUGAUUUGAAGCCGGAAAAUAUUCUGUUGACCGCAUCUGAUGAUGUCAAAUUGGCAGAUUUUGGUUGGUCUGCUCAUACCAGACAAAAUCGCAAAACUUUAUGUGGCACUUUAGAUUACUUACCUCCUGAAAUGGUUGAUGGUCGCCAUUAUGAUGAUUCGGUUGAUCAGUGGUGUUUGGGUAUUUUAUGUUAUGAAUUUUUAAUCGGCAGUCCUCCUUUUGAGUCAAAUGAUACUGAGAUGACUUACGAAAAGAUUCGUCGUUUAGAAGUUCAUUAUCCGAAUUUUUUGUCAACUGGUGCCAAAGAUGUUGUUUCGAAAUUGUUGCGCAGAGCGGGCAGUUCGCGUCUAACUUUAGUUGAUGUUAUGCAGCAUCCUUGGGUUAAAUACAAUAUGGAAAAGCGUAAUGCCCAACUAGAAGAAAUGAAACAGUGAUGGAAAUAUUCGCUAAUUUAAAAAUGUGAAAUGCAAUAGAUUUGCUUUUAUUAUUUUUAAAUAAAUUUUGUUAAUUAGAUUAAUUAAAAUGUAUUAAAAUAAAAUAUUGUUUAUGCUUAAUUAAAAUAAAGUAUUGAAA